GAAUUUACCAUCUACAACCUUCAGCCACUUUCUAUAAAUUUCCCAAAACCUAAUUAGGGUUAUGUUCUCUCUUGCACUCGCCUUUAUCAGGAGCGAAAGGACUUAGCUACAGCUUCAAAAUAGGAGGAAAUGGUGAAGGGACGCCAAGGAGAGAGAGUCAGACUCUAUGUACGAGGAACCAUCUUGGGUUACAAGAGGUCAAAGUCGAACCAGUAUCCAAACACUUCGUUGAUCCAAAUUGAGGGAGUUAACACCAAGGGGGAAGUAGCUUGGUAUGCUGGUAAGCGCAUGGCUUAUAUUUACAAGGCUAAAGUGAAGAAGAAUGGCUCACACUAUCGAUGCAUUUGGGGAAAGGUUGCUAGACCCCAUGGUAACAGUGGGGUUGUUCGUGCCAAGUUCAAAUCUAACCUUCCCCCCAAAUCUAUGGGAGAUAGAGUCAGAGUCUUCAUGUACCCCAGCAAUAUAUGAGCUUUGCAAUGUAAUUAAGCUGAUGUCAAUGUUGACUCGAUGACCCAUCGAAAAAUAGAGCAUGCAAGAAAACAAGUAGCAGUUGAAAUUCACUUCACAUCGGAGGCAGGUUGCUACGAUCUUAGGAUUUAAUUGUAAAUAAUUAAAGGUUGCAUGUGGACCUAAUAUUGCGCCAAACUUCUUUAUCCUUAGCUUUUUCCUUUUUGCAUGGUUAGGGUUAAUUUUACUCAAUUUUUCUCCAAACAUAUUUUAAAAAAAUACACUUAUUAUUUAAAUUUUUUAA